AAAUAAUAAUAAUAAUUUAAAAUAGUGUGAGAUGUAAAUCGACCAAAAAAAGUGUGUGCAAUGUGUGUCUAUGCCAUCGGGUUAGCUAGAACCAGUUUUUAAAGUUGUAGGAGUAAUGGUUAAAGAGCUAUUAAAAUUUGAAAAUGUUGAUUUGUCACUAUGUUGACGGUCCCUAACUGCUGUUGGUGGACGUAAGGAAAACUACAGGCGAAUAUCCGUCGAAUAUCCAACCAGAGUCCGUGUUUACCUCGGUUCUUUAUGUGGGUCUUUUUGAAGAACGUUUUGUUAAUAAUGAAAACGAAGUCCUGAAGUGGUAUCGAUAUAUUUACGCAUUUUUUUUGGCAUAUGGGGAGGAACGGGAAAAGAGCUGUCAGACUUUAUGGCAUUACUCAAUGACAUUGACCCCAAUCGCAAAUUCACUAUUGAAUGUGACACUAAACGUGUUCAUUCCCUCGAUAUGUGGAUUGAGAAAUCAAAUGGAACCCUGUUUACAACUCUGUAUAGAAAAGAAACGGAAAGAAAUACUAUAUUACUGGGGGACAGCUUCCAUCCUGAGCCAUUCAAAAGAGGACUUCCAAGAAGCCAGUUUUUCAGACUGCGCCGUAUAUGUCACUCCACAGAGGACUAUCUAGAAAAAGCAGCGGAGAUGCGCACUAGGUUUUUAAGAAGAGGCUAUUCUCCACAAUGUGUGGAUGAAGCUCUUAAUUUGGCAUUGGGGAAAACACGAGAUGAACUGCUACAAAAAAACCCAACAAGAGCUAAAGAUUGGUCCAUGCCAACUGAACUGCCAGCCACAAAAGAAAAUCAGCCAGGCUCUUUUACGCCCUCUUCCGAAUGGGGGUAUGAGAGAACAGGAUAUGAGGGAGAUUAAGCUCCAUGGGGUGAGUAAAACAGGUCUGAAGAACAUCAUAGAGUUCAUCUACACAUCCCGGCUGAGUCUGAGCAUGGCCAACCUGCAGGACACUCUGGAGGCUGCCAGCUUCCUCCAGGUCCUCCCCGUCCUCAGCUUCUGCAACAAGCUGCUCAGCACUGAGAUCACCAUUGAUAACUGUGUGGAGGUGGAGCGCAUCGCCGGGGACCUGCUCCUGGAGGAUGUACAGGCCCACAUUGGGAAGUUUGUAUGUCAGAACCUGUCAGCGCUGCUACAGUCUGGCCGCUACCUGCAGCUCUCUCAGCCCAGCCUGGCCAAUGCCCUGGCCAGCGACAGCCUCAAGGGCUUCUCUGAGAUGGAGCUGUACCGCAUCGCCCGCUCCUGGCUGGACCACGACCCCCCCACCCGCCGCUCCGCCGCCUACUCCCUGAUGUGCCAGGUCCGCUUCCCCCUCAUGACCCCCACUGAGCUGCUCGAGAUCUCCCAGGAGGAUGAGGGGCACGAUGACGGCGGAGCGGCCAUGAUGCGCUCGGACACGGCCUGCGUAAACCUCCUGCUAGAGGCCAGCAACUACCAGAUGAUGCCCUUCCUCCAGCCUUCCUUACAGACGGAGCGCACGCGCAUUCGGUCGGACGCCACACACCUGCUGGCGCUGGGCGGGGUGAUGAGGCAGCAGCUGGUGGUGAGUAGGGAGCUGAGACUGUAUGAUGAGGAGAUCGGCCAUUGGAGGGCGCUGAGGCCUAUGGAGGUUCCCCGCUACCAGCACGGCGUGGCCCUGCUCGGGGGCUUUCUCUACAUCGUAGGUGGCCAGAGCACCUACGACACCAAGGGCAAAACGGCGGUGGACAGCGCCUACCUCUACGACCCGCGCUUCGACCGGUGGCUGCAGGUGGCAUCGCUCAACGAGAAGAGAACCUUCUUCCACCUGAGCGCCCUGAAAGGGAAGCUGUAUGCUGUUGGGGGCCGGAACGCCUCAGGAGAGAUCGACACUGUGGAGUGCUACAACCUCAGAAGGAACGAGUGGACAUUCGUGUCGCCCAUGGUCGACCCACACUACGGGCAUGCUGGGACAGUCCAUGGUGACCUGAUGUAUGUCUCAGGCGGAAUCACACGGGACACGUUCCAGAAGGAGCUGUUGUGUUAUGACCCUGAGACUGACGCAUGGAGUCGCCGUGCCGACAUGAUGGAACUGCGUGGCCUACACUGCAUGUGCACGGUGGGCGACCGGCUCUAUGUGAUGGGAGGGAACCACUUCCGGGGCAGCAGCGACUACGACGACGUACUUAACUGUGAAUUCUACAGCCCUGAGGUGGACCAGUGGACGGUGGUGGCGGCCAUGCCACGGGGCCAGAGUGAUGUAGGGGUGGCCGUGCUCCAGGGCCAGAUCUACGUGGUUGGGGGCUACUCCUGGAACAGUCGCUGCAUGGUGGACAUCGUGCAGCGCUACGACCCAGAGAAGGACGAGUGGGACCGGGUGUUCAAUGUGCUGGAACCCCUGGGCGGCAUCCGGGCCUGCACCAUGACCGUGCAUCUGCCUGAGGGUGCCGUGGACGACGGCCAGAUGCAGGAGUGCCCGCUGGACACCGCCAAGAACUGAAAGCUGAGAUCAAGAACAUAUAGAUUUAGCUUCUCUGUGUUUGUGAUGCUGGAAAAUGUGACUUUUUUUGUGGGAGAAGUGGAACAUGUGCAGUAGAAUUUCUCGAAUAGGUCCCACCAGGGGUUGGAACAGGUUCAGGGAACACAACAGAAAACCGGAAAAUAACAAAACAUUUCAAAGAACAGAAACGGAACCGGGAACAAAAGUGAUCCAUACUGUUCCGGAACUGAACUGUUAUUUUUUUUGAAAGGCAUGGCAACCGGUUAAUAACGUUAUUUUACUUUCCUGGCAUUUAUUUAUUUUUUGUCCCACAAAAAAAUGCAACAAAGUGGCUAUGCAAAGCCCUCACUAUAUAUUCCAGUGUCUGCCUGCAAGAUAAAUCUUUGGCUGUGAUUUUGAGUGUUUAGGCUACCUGCCCCUUCCCCCUCUGAAGCAUAGGCUACUGUACUGACGUUACAACUGUGAUUCAGAAGACGGGGAGAGAUUUUUUUUAAGUUGGAGAAGAAUGGAUUAUCUUUUUCAAUGCUAGUUAAAGAUACUAUAGACCCAGUUAUCAAGUUUCAUGUUGGAUUUAUUAACUACAAAAAGGUAAGAUGUUUUUUAUUCUGGUGCCGCUCUGCACACACGAGUUUGUUAGCUAACUAGCUCAAAGGACAGUCAGUUUCUCCGUACAAGCCGCUACUCCUAGGUAUAAUUCUGUGGACCUAAUUCAGAUAAUGCAUGUCAUAACAAGAUGCCCAGAUCUUCAAGCCUCCUCCUCAACCCUCUUUCCCCACCCGUAAAAUAUCAGUUGCAUCUUCCGCUAUAGGCUACAUUUCUGUCCAUCACGCAUGUAAACAACUAGUUUGCCUGUUCUAUCUACACUGAUUGGUGAAGUAAUUUAAUGAGCUAAAUGUAAAAAAAAGCGUACUUUCACAGGUUAAAAAAGGAACAGAAAGGAAUGAUAUAAACCAGUACUUUUUGGGAGGUUCAAACCAGUACAGAACUUUAUUUUUGGAACGGAACAACAACAAAGUGGUUCUCUUCAGAACAAAAUGAUUGGGAAAUAAUUUUGGUUCAAAUCCCUGGGUCUCACUGCCUCCUUAGCUAUCUGGUUGACUGACUGUACAUGUAGUUGACUGACUGUUGGUUUCCACUCCUUGAGUCUAUUUUGUUGGAACUCUUUUUGUAUCUGAGCGACUUCUGCUAUGCUCUUUAAUGUGCAACACUUAUGUUUUUAACUUUUGGCAUUGUAUUUUCAAACUGUAAAUGAUGGCUUAAAUUUAUGUUUGAUAAAAUAGUAUUUUGUAUUGUA